CACUUCUCGCCAUGGCCCCUGCACUGCUCCUGGUCCCUGCUGCCCUCGCUUCUUUCAUCCUGGCCUUUGGCACCGGAGUGGAGUUCGUGCGCUUCACCUCACUUCGGCCACUUCUUGGCGGGCUCCCGGAGUCUGGUCCGGAUGGCCGCCAGGGAUGGUUGGCUGCCCUGCAGGACCACAGCAUCCUUGCCCCCCUUGCUCGGAAUCUGGGGCUUCUGCUACUAUUUAUGGGGCAGCAUAGCCUCAUGGCUACUGAAACAGUGAAGGUGUGGAUAUCCCGGUACUUUGGGGUCCUGCAGAGGUCACUGUAUGUGGCAUGCACUGCCCUGGCCUUGCAGCUGGUGAUGCGCUACUGGGAGCCUGUACCCAGAGGCCCUGUGUUGUGGGAAGCUCGGGCCGAGCCGUGGGCUACCUGGGUACCCCUCUUCUGCUUUGUGCUCCACGUCAUUUCCUGGCUCCUCAUCUUCAGCAUCCUUCUCGUCUUUGACUACGCUGAGCUCAUGGGCAUCAAACAGGUGUACUACCAUGUGCUAGGGCUGGGCGAGCCACUGUCCCUGAAGUCCCCCCGGGCUCUGAGGCUCUUCUCCCACCUGCGCCACCCAGUGUGUGUGGAGCUGCUGACUGUGCUGUGGGUGGUGCCUACCCUGGGCACUGACCGCCUCCUCCUUGCUCUCCUCCUUACCCUCUACCUGGGCCUGGCUCAUGGACUCGACCAGCAGGAUCUCCGCUACCUCCGGGCCCAGCUAAAAAGAAAACUCCACCUGCUCUCCCGGCCCCAGGAUGGGGAGGCCGAAUGAGGAGCUAAAUUUUAAAUCCCUUAAUAUCCAGAUGCGAAACAGGGGCUGUCCAUUCCCCUGCUUCCAACUCCAUUCCCUGGGAUCCAGGCCCAUACCCUAAAUUCUGAGUUUCAGACACUGGGAUCCAAGGUCCACUUCUCACCAGUCGGGAAGAGGGGGUGCAGAACCAGUCUGUCCCUUCGAGGUUUAGGGCUUGACCCCCUCUCCUUCCAGCAUCACCACAAGGGAAAGUGUCUGCCUGACCAAUCCCCUGGCACUGUUAUUCAUCUCCGCGCCUGAAGGCCGCCUUCUCUUCUUGUUUCCGCCCUAAGAGGCUGGACCAGAGCCUGGAAGUUUGUAGUGGGCGGCCCCACGCCUCGCGACCUCACCUCCUGCCCCCGCCCGCCCUGGUCUCUCCAUCUCCUGGGACCCUGCCCCUGGGCCUCGCCCCCGGACCUAGUAGAAGGGGUUCUCCCUCUCUUAACUCGAAAGACUUAGGGCUCCCUGCUCUCCCGAGGAACAGCGCUGCAGGAAAAUAAAAUUCAGCCUGGCUUUUCUACA